CCUCCGCUUCCAUCAUCGCCCCCGGGGCGCAGCUCCGCGCUGCGGGUGACAUGUCGCAGCCUGCGGCCGCGGCUCCUGCCCGCCCCGGGCCCGGAGGAGCUCGCUGGGGUUUUUUUAAGGUUGCACCCGGUUUACCGCUCUGCUGAUGGAGACCGCCAAGCUCAACCCCAUCAUCCGGGAUGUCUAUGCAGCCGCUGGCCGUGUCCAGAAAGCACCGGCUGCCACCUCAGCGCGGAGGGGCAGCAGCUGCCGAGAGCUCAUGGUCAAGCUGACGGAGGGGCAGUACGUGCUGUGCCGCUGGACCGAUGGACUCUAUUACCUCGGAAAGAUCAAAAGGGUCAGCGGCUCCAAGCAGAGCUGCCUUGUCACAUUUGAGGACAACUCUAAGUACUGGGUCCUCUGGAAGGACAUCCAGCAUGCUGGUGUCCCCGGGGAGGAGCCCAAGUGCAACAUCUGCCUGGGAAAGACAUCGGGCCCCAUGAAUGAAAUCCUCAUCUGUGGGAAGUGCGGGCUGGGUUAUCACCAGCAGUGCCACAUCCCGGUGGCGAGCGGCACCGAGAGCCCGCUGGGGACACCGUGGUUCUGCCGCCGCUGCAUCUUUGCCCUGGCUGUGCGGAAGGGGGGUGCCCUGAAGAAGGGAGCCAUUGCCAAGACGCUGCAGGCCGUCAAGAUGGUGCUGUCCUACAACCCUGACCUGCUGGAGUGGGACUCCCCGCACCGCACCAACCAGCAGCAGUGCUACUGCUACUGCGGGGGCCCCGGCGAGUGGUACCUGAAGAUGCUGCAGUGCUACCGCUGCCAGCAGUGGUUCCAUGAAGCCUGCACCCAGUGCCUCAGCGACCCCAUGAUGUUCGGAGACCGGUUCUAUGUGUUUUUCUGCUCCGUAUGCAACCAGGGACCUGAGUACAUCAAGCGUCUGCCCUUGAGAUGGGUGGAUGUCGUCCAUCUCGCCCUCUACAACCUGGGUGUACAGAGCAAGAAGAAGUACUUCGACUUUGAGGAGAUCUUGGCCUUUGUGAACCACCACUGGGAUCCGCUGCAGCUCGGGAAGCUGACGGGCACCCCCAUCUCGGAGCGGGGCCCCCACCUCCUCAAUGCGCUCAACAGCUACAAAAGCAGGUUUCUGUGUGGGAAGGAAAUUAAAAAGAAGAAAUGCAUCUUCCGCCUGCGCAUCCGUGUCCCGCCGAACCCCCCCAGCAAGGUGCUGCCUGAGAAAGCCCCCGGCAUGGGCGAGAGCAACUCCUGCGAGCUGAAGAAGAGGGGAAAAAGCAAAUAUGUGCAUAAAGACAGCCUCCUACCGCAGCAGCUCCAGCAGCAGCAGCGAGCGGCGCGGCGCAAGAGGGCCAAGUUCCUGCUGGAGGACGCCAUUCCCAGCAGCGACUUCACCUCCGCCUGGAGCACCAACCACCACCUGGCCAGCAUCUUUGACUUCACACUGGAUGAAAUUCAGAGCCUGAAAAGUGCCAGCUCGGGACAGACUUUCCUGUCAGACGUGGACUCCACAGAUGCCGCCAGCACCUCGGGCUCAGCCACCACGAGCCUCUCCUAUGACUCCAGCCGGAGGACCGUGGGCAGCCGCAAGCGCAAGCUGGCCGUGCCGGCCUAUGCCUCAGCCGGGGCCAAGAGGAGAGGAGGGGACACAGGAAGGGACGCGGGCGGACGCCCGGCUGGGGGCAGCUCUGAGAGCAGCGAUACAGCUGGCGGCCCCGACCGCCCGGAUGAUGGCAUCGACAGCCACACCUUCGAGAGCAUCAGCGAGGACGACUCCUCGCUCUCCCACCUCAAGUCCUCUAUCAGCAGCUACUUUGGGGCGGCGGGCAGGCUGGUCUGUGGCGAGAAGUACCAGGUGCUGGCGCGGCGGGUGACGCUGGAGGGGAAGGUGCAGUACCUGGUGGAGUGGGAAGGCACGACCCCCUACUGAGCCCCGCCAGCCCCCUGAGCCUCCCACGGAGCCACACCAGAGGAGAUGGGGAUGACGGGAAGCCCUUGCCGUGAGGCAGAGGAGGGACGCUGGCCUGUGGGCAGGGUUGGGACCUCUCUGUGCUCGGGGGUCCCGGCUGGGAGCGGCUCCCUGGAAGCAGCGCCCGACCAGGCGCCAUCAGCGGUGCUGCCCAGGGGUAAAACCCACAGCCUUGCCGCUGUCAUUUUUUCCAUUUUAAGAAGUAUUUUGUUUGCCACGUAUACGCGAAGAGCGCGGCCCGGCUGCGCUUUCCUGAAGGAGCCUUUGGCCAAGCCCAGGGCACCAUCACGGGGGUGGUAAGAGCAGUGAGCGGGUCGCCCUUCCAGAAGGGUCCCCCUCCACAGCUGGACACCCCACAACCUGCUUAUAUAGACGGAUGUCGUGCCGGUGACCGGUGCACCCUGACUGCUCCUCAUGUCCAAACCUUGCAGAGCAGACUCGAAGGUUCCUGCUGCUGAAGCAAAAACCUCCCUCACCUGCAUGGUCACAGCCUGUCGGGGUGCCCAGAGGAGACGGUGGGUGGCUGUCACCUGAGCUGGUGUGCGGGGUUUUCCUCAGCUUAAAUCCAUUCAUCAAAGGAACGUGGUUUGUUUUAAAUGAGAGGAGAAUGCUCCAUAAACAGCCCACGCGUGGCCGGUUUUCACGGCUGUGGGGCAGAUGUACAUCGUUGUUCUCGUCCCACGACCUGGACGGCAAGUGAUGAUCCACCAGCUUCGUUUCCCUGUUCUUCUGACAAUCAUGGUCUUGGAAGAGAUCAGCCAAAAGAUACGCCCUUGCCUUAAAACCACCACGGGCAUUUCACAGACUGGAGCCCGAGGCCUUUAUUCCUGCAGGAAUCCUCGCCCUGAACGUGCCAAAUGAGCAGACAAACCAAAAAGGCCAAAGAGGACAGUGGGGGCACGGGGAGGGGGUCGCGCUGGGGUCCCCGUGGCCAUCGCCGUGGCCUCAUGGCUGUGCCUUGCUGGAGUUACUGACAUCAUGUCGAUGUUUGAGAGCGUGUGGGGUCGGUUUGUCUGCAGAAGAGAAGGACCAGCGCCCUUCUUUAACUAAAGCAAUACUGCCAGCUUGUUCAGGAGCAAAGCGGUUCUAUUUUUAAAAGAAAAAGUUCUAAUAUCAUCAGGCAUAUUUGUUAGAUUUUUUUCUAAGAGAGAAAUAUAUAUUUUUAAUGUUGUCCUCCUCAUCUGUCCUGCAUCGCUGCCGUGGCUGUCCCAUGGGGCCAGAGGGUGGGUGAUGCCGGGGGGGUGCGUGGUCCUGCUCUAUCAGCACCCCCAUUCCUACAGCCCCAUCGUUGCUCCUACCUGUACUUGUGGGCUCUGCUGACCAGAAGGUGGAUUGGAAAGGCUGUUGUAUUGAAAAAGUACUUAAGAAAAUUCAUUGGCCUGAUGAGCACAAGGUGAUGUUUGCAAACCAGGGGCCGAAGCGUGGUCCUUAAGAACAACCUCCUGCUUCAGUUACUGCUAAAAUAACACAGUGGGAGGCCCAGGGAGGGGUGUUAGCGGGUUUUAACUCAUGCAGCAGGCACCAGGCCGUUGUAUGGCUGGGAGGUGACCGUGCCGAUGCCUCUCACAGUGCUGCGACGCAGAGCAGCGUGUUCUCUGCAGUCCCGGAUGUGCCCGUGUGCUUUGGGCAGUGUGAGCUGCUUCGGUGCCUGUACUAGGAGGGUGAAUAUUUGCCUUGGCAGGUAAAAGCAUUUUAAUUCCUUUCUGACAAGCUGCCCGGCGUUGUGCAGCCAACAUUGCAUGGCCCUGGUUCCUCUCCUCUUGCAGAGAAUUGAAUGUGGAGCCUUUAAAAAUAUUUUUGUUGCAGAGUAUAUUUUGCAUUAGCUGUAAUAGAUAUUAUAAUGACUCUGUGCACCUUCUAAAGAUUUAUGAGUUCAGGUUGCUGCUUGUCAUAACCAACUCUUGUUAUACCCGAGUUGUAAUUAAUAUGUCUGAUGUACAAUUAAAAAGCCUCUUCUUUUUUAACAUAA